GUAUACCUUGAUUAAAGAUAUUAGUUAGUGUGGUAAAUGGAUAGUGUGCACAAGUUUUUUUUAAACUUUUAAACACAUUUUGAGAUAAAUUUUCUGAUUCGCUAGAAAUCGUAAAAAAGCUCAAACAAGCGUUAAUUUUUAUGUCAUGAAAAUGUCGCGAAAUAUAAUGUCAGCAUCGUCGUCAUCGUCGGCAUAUUUAAUGGGAUCUAGAUCUACCGACAAUCAUGCAGAGUUUAAUAUCUGGAAUCUUAUAAACCGAAAAACAUUGGAGAACGCAUUUUGUAUGACAUCCAAGUUCCGUGUACGCGCAAAGAUACAUCGAAUCAAGACUACCAAGAUCCAUCGCCAACGUAGGUCAAUGGAGGACGUGAAAGCCGUGCAGGAGGAAGACACGUCGUCAUCGUCCUCGGAUAUCAGUCAAGACUGGAAUGACUUUGAUGAUGAUGAAGACGAUUUGAUAGAUCUAUACAGCAUGCUGUCAUCAAAACCCACUUUGUCGGCGGCGGCGGGAAGCAUUGUAACCAUGUCUAAAUCUUACAGUAUCAGCAGACCUUUCUCCGGAGCUGAAGCAGAUGUAGUGUCAGUGAUCGCAGAAUCUGGUACCAGAGCGCAGAAGCUAUACUUGAAACGAUGUGCAGACUUCUUGAUAACACCAUCAAAGAUUUUCUUAAAGGCACUACCGUCGGUAGUUGUUGAUAUUGCGCAUCAGAACAUUGGGCCAAAAGGCGCCGAGGCUUGUGCCAUUGCUCUCUCGCAAACCAGAUCAGUUCGUGUUGUUAACUUGAAUGAUAAUGCAAUCGGUCACAGAGGAGCCAAAUUCAUCGCCCUUUUGUUGAAGGAGAAUAAACAUAUCACAGAACUGAAUUUGUCGGACAAUAAUCUUGGCUCUCGUGGAGCAAAGUAUCUUGUUAACGUAAUGAUGGAACUAGAUAUCAUACAGCGCCUUGACCUUUCUAAUAAUGGCUUCAAAGAAAAAGAUGCUAUCCUGUUUAAGCAGCUACUAGAGGAAACAAGAAACCUGCAGUACCUUAAUCUUAGCUAUAACGCAUUCCGGGAAGAGGGAGGUCAGCUUCUAGGUGAAGCUCUCAGUUACAAUGAUGGCUUGGAGGAACUGGACUUGACCUGGAAUCAUCUCAGACGCCAGGGGGCUACAGGUCUGGGUGAGGGAUUAAUGGAUAAUACCUCACUAAAGAAGCUGACUGUGGCAUGGAAUGGCUUCUAUUUGGAGGGAUGUAUAGCCUUACAGAAAACGUUGUUUUAUAAUACGACUCUGGAAGUCCUUGACCUCACUAGUAACAGAAUUAACAGGGAAUGUAUAGAACAGUUGACCUACGGUCUCGCCAAGAAUGCAACAGUUCAUACACUCAUUCUGAAGUUCAAUCCAGUGACAAGUGAUGGUGCCAAUGAUAUACUGCAGUUCCUUGUAGACAAUCCCAUAUCGCGCAUUAAACUUCUGGAUCUAGGGAUACAACAAGUAGACCAAAAUUGCCUAGCCCUUAUCAACGAGGUUCAUCUGCAAGGUCGAGAACUAAAGGUCAUUCACGGUCACGUGAUUGGUCAACUGAAGUCAAAGAGCCCGGAAAUAGAGAAAACACUUAUAGAAGAACACCCAGCCCUGGUUCUAAUAGAGUUUGGUAAAAUGAUGGGAUUUCGUCUAGUAGAUCUCUUCUCAUCGCUGGACAAAGAUGGCAGUCGAACACUCGACAAAGACGAAAUACGUAAAGGUCUCAAGCUUGCGAACGUGCCAUUCAGCGAUGACUCUAUAGAUAUUUUGAUCAAGAAACUCGACAUUAACGGUGACGGAGAGAUCGAUUUCAGUGAGCUUCUCGUCGCACAGCAACAACACCGAGAGGCGGUAUCAAAAAUGAUAGAGGCGGAGCAAAGCGAAGGGAGGAUUCAAUUGGAAGACACGCCUAUGUGGCGGAUACGGACACGCCUGAUGAAACUGAUGGCAGAGAAAAUGGCAGAUUAUGCAUCUUUCAAACGUAUAUCAGAAAGUAUUGCAAAACAAGUUCAGAGGAAGAACGAUGAAUUAGAAGCGAGAAGAGAAGCUAUCACAAAAGAAAGAGCCCGCCGGCCACGUAAGGUUAAAUCAAGACCAUCGUCGUCAACACAGCCAAUUCCAAUUAUUGAUAACCCAUAUUUCACAAAAGAUCUGAAUUUAGAAGACUUUGAUUCUGAAACUGAAGAAAUUGUAGAAGGUAACGGACUGGAUAUAGAAUUAGACAAAGAUAAUAAACUUGAAGCAGAAUCUGUUGAAGGCAUAAAUACUGAAGAUGUACCACACAAAGAAAAGCGAAAUGUAAAGGGUAUUACUGGACAAAGGACAGCGAAGGACGCUCAGAAUCGUUUUAGAAAAAGGUCUAUACAACUACCAGUAAGAAGUUCCGAUUUUAUUGGCAUAGAAGGCGCGAAAACGUGUACAGUCGGCUCGGAAGUUAGUAUACCGGAAGAUUCAGAGAAUCAUAAAGAUAAUGUGUCCGAGGACUGAACGAAGAACCUAAAUUGCAGCUAAAACUUUCUUGAUAUCUAAGCGUCCUAUGUGUUUUAGUUGACCGUAUGGGCGGUUGCAUUCUUUAAAUGUUACUUUUUCUGUCGGGCAUUUGAAGUGGGUAAUUGCCAUUAUUUGUGUUUUAAGAGACCACCUAAAGAGAGGACAAAAUAUGAUCUCUUAACACAACUGGUAGACUUACAAAGUCUGUUGAGAUAAAUAAUCUGUAAUAAUGUUAAAGCGAGAAGGACACUGAUUAUUUUCUAAACAAACGAAACAUUGUCUUUCUAGGCUCAUCUCAAUAGAGUCAGAGAUAAGAGAGAUAUUGUAUUUUUUUCAAGAAAGUGGUAUUAAAGAGGAUUUUAUGGUA